CUCAGACUGAAUCUCUAUCUUCCCUCUUUCGAUUUCCAGCCACGGCAACCAGUGAUUUAAACUGUCUUUUUCGUUGCGCGGUGAAAGGUUGCGUUUAUCCGCACUUUUCCCGGCGGUUAAACGGGGAUUAAAGAAAACAGAGCAGUUAACACGUAGAAAACAAGAUUGAAAAGCAAACAAAACUUGGAUCUGUUGCGUUUGCGUUCCGUAACCAAAGCGGAACAUACCUCAAUCCCUCUUGUGAUUAUUUCCUCUUUUCUCUGGACGAAAGGGCUGUUGGAUUGGGUUCGAGCAAUCGGGCUUUGUACUUCUCAGCGGCGUGAAACAAGUUUAUACGUGUUUUUAGCCUAAACGCGGAGGUCACGUUUUACAUGUAAGGGAAAGUGACUAAUUCCAUCCUGGUGGUUGACUGGCACCGAUUCUAAAGUUAGUUUCCAGAUGCAGAGUAAACAAACACGGUUCGCGAGCGAAGAAAGACACUGCCUAUCCGUGCAAGCGUUUACUUAGAGACCCUUUGCGUUUUUCUUCACUGGGAGUUUUGAGAAGAAGGCUUGUUUUUGAGGAGCAGGGCUUGUUUCUCGAUGCACUGAAUGAGGAGGAACGUCCCAUGUGCGGCUUUCACUCUUUCUGACAACCCUCCAGCCCCAAGGUUUUCUGUGGUGCAUCUUGAGUCUACUGAACAUCCCUUUAAUGCCUUGCUGCUGCGGUAACAUGUCCGACUUGGAUCAUUCCCUUCAGAAACGCUUCCUCUGAUGCCCGUUCGCUCAAGACAGUUCUUCUCAACGUCCCUGUUGAACUUGGGAACCUUGUAACACCUACCUGAAGCAUUCCUGUAUCACCCAGUCUUACGUUUACAAACGGAUCACCGGAAGUCUCACUUCCUGAGGCGUGACUGAAACUCAAGGAGUCAAAAUGGCUAACAACACUGCGGACCACCCGCCCGGGAACUCGGUCGCUGAGGUCGACCAUGAAGGGGAUUUUGGCUGCACGAUGAUGCAGCUCCGCGAGCUGAUGGAGCUCCGCAGUGGCGAGGCGGUCAACAAGAUUGCAGAAUGUUAUGGAGAUGUGCAAGGGAUCUGCCGCAGGCUCAAGACCUCACCUAUCGAGGGACUCUCUGGUAACCCUGCUGAUUUGGAAAAGCGUCAUGCAUCGUUUGGUAAAAACUUCAUCCCCCCCAAGAAGCCCAAGACCUUUCUGCAGUUGGUAUGGGAGGCCCUGCAGGAUGUCACCCUCAUUAUUCUGGAGGUGGCAGCCAUUAUUUCUCUCGGCCUGUCCUUCUACCACCCUCAGGGGGAAGGCAAUGACAGCUGCGGCCAAGCGUCCGGGGGUGUUGAGGAUGAGGGAGAGGCCCAGGCAGGCUGGAUCGAAGGUGCUGCCAUCUUGUUCUCAGUCAUUAUCGUGGUGCUGGUGACCGCCUUCAACGAUUGGAGUAAAGAAAAGCAGUUCCGUGGGCUGCAGAGUCGCAUCGAGCAGGAACAGAAGUUCACCGUCAUUCGCAAGGGUCAGGUCAUCCAGAUCCCAGUGGCUGAAAUCGUUGUGGGAGACAUUGCACAAAUCAAAUACGGUGACCUCCUCCCAGCUGAUGGUAUCUUGAUCCAGGGUAACGACCUGAAGAUUGAUGAAAGCUCACUGACUGGGGAGUCUGAUCAGGUCCGUAAAUCCCUGGAGAAGGACCCCAUGCUCCUUUCUGGAACUCAUGUGAUGGAGGGAUCUGGCCGAAUGGUGGUCUCUGCCGUGGGCCUGAACUCUCAGACUGGAAUCAUUUUCACCCUCUUGGGCGCCGGCGGUGAGGAUGAGGAGAAGAAGGUGAAGAAAGGUAAAAAACAAGGACCCCCUGAAAAUCGCAACAAAGCUAAGACCCAGGAUGGCAUUGCUCUGGAGAUCCAACCGCUGAAGAGCGAGGAAGGUGUUGAGUCAGAGGAGAAGGAGGAGAAAGAAGAAAAGGAGAAAAAGAAGGUCAACGUCACCAAAAAAGAAAAGUCGGUGCUGCAGGGCAAGCUGACCAGGCUAGCUGUUCAGAUUGGAAAAGCAGGUCUCAUCAUGUCUGCAGUGACCGUCAUCAUCCUCAUCCUGUACUUUGUCAUUGAUACAUUCGGUGUCCAGGGCCAUGAGUGGACGGCAGAGUGCACUCCAAUCUACAUUCAGUACUUUGUGAAGUUUUUCAUUAUUGGUGUGACCGUGCUGGUGGUAGCGGUGCCUGAGGGGCUGCCUCUGGCUGUCACUAUCUCUCUGGCUUAUUCCGUGAAGAAAAUGAUGAAAGAUAACAACCUUGUAAGGCACCUGGAUGCUUGUGAGACCAUGGGUAAUGCCACGGCCAUCUGCUCUGACAAAACCGGAACGCUGACUAUGAAUCGAAUGACGGUGGUACAGGCUUACAUAGGUGACACACACUAUAAAAGCAUUCCUGAACCAGAAGCUGUUAAUUCAGAGACUCUGGAGCUACUGGUGAACAGCAUCUCUAUAAACUCGGCCUACACCACCAAGAUCCUGCCGUCAGAGAAGGAGGGAGGUCUGCCAAGGCAUGUGGGUAAUAAGACAGAGUGUGCCCUUCUUGGUCUGGUUUUGGACCUGAAGAGAGACUAUCAGCCUAUCAGAGAUGAAGUUCCUGAGGAAAAACUUUAUAAAGUUUACACGUUCAACUCCUCCCGAAAGAGCAUGAGUACCGUGCUAAAGAACGCCACUGGUCCCGGCUUCCGAAUGUACAGCAAGGGCGCCUCCGAGAUUGUCCUGCGCAAGUGUUCCCAUAUCCUUGAUGCUUCAGGCCAGCCACGUGUCUUCAAGGCCAAAGAUCGGGAUGAGAUGGUGAGGAAAGUGAUCGAGCCAAUGGCCUGUGACGGGUUAAGGACCAUUUGCGUAGCCAUGAGGGACUUCACAACAGAGCCAGACUGGGACAACGAGGCUGACAUUCUGAAUGACCUGACCUGCAUCUGUGUCGUGGGCAUCGAAGACCCUGUUCGCCCUGAGGUUCCUGAGGCUAUCUCUAAAUGUCAGCGAGCAGGCAUCACUGUCCGUAUGGUCACCGGAGACAACAUCAACACUGCCCGUGCCAUUGCCACCAAAUGUGGAAUCCUGCAGCCUGGAGAAGACUUUCUCUGCCUGGAGGGCAAAGAUUUCAACCAGCAGAUUCGCAAUGACAAAGGAGAGGUUGAACAAGAGCGUCUUGACAAGGUCUGGCCCAAAUUGCGUGUUCUGGCUCGUUCCUCCCCAACAGACAAACAUACUCUGGUUAAAGGCAUCAUUGACAGCACAGUUGGAGAAACCAGACAGGUGGUGGCUGUGACUGGAGACGGCACUAACGACGGUCCUGCCCUUAAGAAAGCAGAUGUUGGAUUUGCUAUGGGUAUUGCAGGUACAGAUGUUGCAAAGGAGGCCUCUGACAUCAUUCUUACUGAUGACAACUUCACCAGUAUUGUCAAAGCUGUGAUGUGGGGGCGUAAUGUCUAUGACAGUAUCUCCAAGUUUCUGCAGUUUCAAUUGACUGUCAAUGUGGUGGCUGUGAUUGUUGCUUUCACUGGAGCCUGCAUCACACAGGACUCUCCACUUAAAGCUGUUCAGAUGUUGUGGGUAAAUCUGAUUAUGGACACACUGGCUUCUUUGGCUCUGGCAACGGAACCCCCAACAGAAUCACUCCUGCUGAGGAAACCUUACGGCCGAGACAAGCCCCUCAUUUCCAGGACUAUGAUGAAGAACAUAUUGGGUCAUGCUGUUUACCAACUUAUCAUCACAUUUACUCUUCUUUUUGCUGGUGAGAAGUUCUUCAACAUUGAUAGUGGCCGCAAUGCUCCUCUGCACUCCCCGCCAUCUGAACACUACACCAUAAUCUUCAAUGUCUUCGUUAUGAUGCAACUUUUCAAUGAGAUUAAUGCCCGCAAGAUCCACGGAGAGAGGAACGUGUUUGAGGGAAUUUACAGGAACCCCAUUUUCUGCAGUGUUGUUUUGGGAACCUUUGCUCUGCAGAUAAUCAUAGUGCAGUUUGGAGGGAAGCCUUUCUCUUGCACGGCCCUCACCAUCGAUCAGUGGCUCUGGUGUGUCUUCAUAGGAGUUGGCGAGCUGCUCUGGGGCCAGUUCAUCUCUGCCGUUCCCACACACCGCCUCAAGUUCCUGAAAGAGGCUGGCCACGGCAUCCCCAAAGAGGACAUCCCCGAGGAAGUGCUAACCGAAGGUGCGGAUGAAAUUGACCAUGCUGAGAUGGAGCUGCGCAGAGGACAGAUCCUAUGGUUCAGAGGACUCAACCGCAUCCAGACUCAGAUGGACGUGGUUUAUACAUUCCAGACAGGCCAAACGGCGGUGCCUGGGGCCCUGCGUCGCCAGCCCUCCGUGGUCAGCCAGCACAACGACAUUAAGGUGGUGAACGCAUUCCGUAGCUCCCUAUACGAGGGCCUAGAGAAGCCAGAAUCAAGAAGCUCCAUCCAUAACUUCAUGUCCCACCCUGAGUUUGUACCCCUCUCCGAGGAGGAACCCCGCGUCCCCACGAUAGACGAGGGCUGUGUAGAGAUCGAGAACCUUCCCUCCUCUUCCAGAAACGGAGGGGGCGGCGAACCCCCGGGCCGCUCUCUUCACAGCCACGAAUUCUCCGUGUGAACCUCCCAUCGUUCUCCUGUCCCGAAAUCAUCGUGUUUUUAUUUUUUUUGUGUGUUUUGUUUGUUCUGUUUUUAAAAUCUGUGCAACACUCCUCCGGUGGAGCCCUGCUGAUGCACAUCUGAGAGACAGCAGCACCUACAGCAGCCGAUGGGGCGACUGAGAUCCCUUUUUCCUCUGCUCCUUCCUCCCCACCCCUCUGCCCCUCUCGACUUGCACUGUGUCGGCAGCAGCAGCAGCGCUCUGUAAGUACAUGCGGCUGUGCUGCAGCCCAUGUGACGUAUGGCCUAACUUACACACUAGAGGGCGACGCUGCGGCAAACGCCCUCUCUCCGCCUGUCACUGGCAUUUUUAUCUCUUUUACAGUUGUGAUUUUUCUCAUUUUUAUAUUGUCAUGUCUCUGGUCUUGUGUAAUGCUGUAAUCAUUUUUGUUAUUUGUCCCAGGACUCUCAGUUACAGCUUUUUUUUUUUUCCUGUUGAUACAGCCGAUAAUAUUCAUGCACUCAGUUGCUAUUUGAAUAGAUUUCUUUUUUUUUUUUUUUUUUUUUCUCUCUCUCAAUUUGCUCUGUUUUAAGGUGGUUUGAAAAACAUGGCAGUGAAGCUACUCAUGUUGUUUUAGUUUUAAAAAUGUUUUUAUGCUAUAAUGGACGUUUUAAGUGGUUCAGACACUACAUUCAUGUCAUGUGUUCAGACAUUGUCACAUACGAUGCUGUUAGGCUCAUUUUGGGUAUUCUGUCACUUUAUAUGUACAGAUUUAAGGCUGCUAUAGUGAACGCUAGCAGAAUAAAAGACUAUAAUAAAUAUACUCGAUAGCCGAGUUAAGAAUACCUGAUUGGCUCUUAAGGGGGCAGGGAGGGUCAUCCUACACAUCAUCUCAUCGGAAUCGCACCCAAUGGGCAUCUCUAGUCUCUUGUUAAUGCUCAUCUGCCUCAAAACAAAUGCCCAGUUUAAUUGACCAAGUACUUUAUCAAAGGUACAGCACCUCAUCAUUAAGAGUGCAUGUAUCCGUCUUUAGGUUCAUCCGUGUCUGAUUGUAUGGGAAUGGGAAUUGUAUUACUAACCUUAACGGGAUAUAACGACUAAUGAAUAGGAUUUUCUUUUUUCUCUUUUCAUCCUUAGAAGAAAAAAAAAUGCGAUAGAGGUGAUUUCUGUAUGCGUGUACUUUUAAAUCCAGUCUUUUCUCACCUCAGCUCUGCAAUUAGGUGUUCUCCUUGCUAUCUAACAUCAGGCUGUGCUCCACAUAAGCUCCAAGUUACUCAGACGGCACUGGCAGAGCUCCAAAAUCCCAUCCCUGAACUUAGCCUGCGAGGGUAAGGGUACUGCACGUAGUAAGCAUGCUUUUGCUAUUUAAAAAAAAAAAGAAAAAGAAAGAAAACACUUCAACAACACAAUAGCAUGCAGCAAGGGCCUCUGUUGGGCCCUUUGAGCUCCGUUUGAACCUGGAUGACAAACUAGAUUGGACUGUAAGAGUGCGGCCUCAACGACAUGUGCUUUUUAUUAGCCAAAACAUACUACUGCCAUAGACCGACCUUCCGCUCAUACCGAUCUAGGUUCGAUGGAUUCCUCAAAUUACACCUUUUUCUACUUGCUCAGAGCCAUAUUUUAUAGAUUGUUCUUUUAUAUCCCAUUGUUUUUGCAGUUUAUUUUGUAUUUCCAACCAAAUUCGAAAAACACACAGAGAGUCACUGCCUAAAGAAAAAAGGAAAAAAAAAACCUAGAUGGACCACUUUAAUGUUUACGGAAAGGUUCCACAGCAGUCGGCUGAUGCUGCACUUCCCCCUACUGGCAGUUUUUUGUUAUUUCGCUUAAGUGGAACAUGGUAUGUUACUGUGGGGAAGCAUGCAUGAAUUUCAUAUAAAACUCAAUGUUUUGUUCCUUUUUUACAAUUGUUCUGUAUUUUUAUAUUAAGUACUUUUUAAUAUUUUGGGAAAAUAUAUAAAUAUAGGUGUAUAGGCCAGAGAGUUUGGUGACAUGACAAAUUAGCAAAAUAAGCAGUUGAGUACAUAUUGCAGUUUAUAUAUAUAUACAUAUAUAUAUAAAUAUAAAUAUUUAUGCCACGUUUGUAACCACAUGCGGUGUCAGAUUUAAUGUCCAAGCUGAGAAAGUUAAGUGUUUACUGUAAAGUCAAGGGGGUCUGGUCGAAUCGUCUAACAGAAGAGUGAGCAUUUAAUGGCCUUAUCCCGAAUAGCGUACUCCAAAUCUGCAGCCCCAGAUAGAUGUUUGAAAUAUUAUGAUUUGCCACCUAAUUGGAAUCUGUUAUGAAAAUGUUAAUCAAAGCUUUUGAGGUUUUCGAACUCGACUCCUAUGUUUUUGGUAAAGCAUAAUUUAUUUUCUGUGAGACUUCUGUUUCACCCAUUAAAGUGGCAAAGUGUCUCUAUGGCAAAAAAAGAGAUUAUUACAGUGCGUAUUCUGUGUUGUCAUUUAACUUUGUUUUUGUGAAAACUUUUUUUUUUUUUUUUUUUUUUUCGUCAUACGCAGCUCUGGAUAUAAACGAAACAUACGUACUGUAUGUUACUCACAAUGUAUUUGACUUGUUGUGGAAGCGGUCGAAAAGGUUUCCAGUUAGAGCUUUAUAUAAAUUCUGCCAAAGUGUUGCUUUGUACAGUCAGUUCUGACUUUUGUCUAUGUCCUUGUUCAUUUGGAAUAACUUAUAACUGGAUUUCACCCGUAUUUGGAUUUCUUUCCCACAAGGAUCUAAAAUAUGCCCCCUUCACUUCUGUUUUUGUUCAUUACUUGAUCAGAAUGGAUGCAGACAAAAAGGGGAAACGAUCAAAGCCAUUGUCUUUCUUUUUAUUUUCUUAUUCUUCCCUUUAAUAGCUCUUUAUAACGAUUUCUGUUAUUGCACAUGUUUUUCUCUCUCGCAUUGUGUAAACUGAGAAUUGCUUCAAGGUGUCGUGCAAUAACUUUUGAAUUUUACCGCAUUACUACUCUGCUGAAGUUGUCUGACAGUUCUUGUUUGCUUGGUUGGGGACGGGAGGAAAUGAUACACCACAGCUGUAAAUAAAAGAUUGUUUUAAAACUGGAAUAUAACAUUAAGUUAUAACCACUUAUUUUGCAUAUAUUUAGUCCAUUUACAUCUGAUGUUGAGUGAAAUGAAAAUUGUAUUUGUCUGCGGGGAAAGCAGUCAAUAGAACAUCUGAUUUCUGUAAUUCAUAUGAAACACAGUAAUAUAUACUGCUGUUAUUUUUGUAUAAACAUAAUAUCAUCGAUGUGGCAUGCAUUACUUAUAAACAAAUUGGUGGUUCGAAGCAAUAUGUACAACCUGGUGCGAUUGGUAUUUUUAGUGUCCUGUGUAGCUUAAACCACGCUGUACUUGAGGAAAAAAAAACUGCAUUGGAAAAAAAAUCGUAAGUGUUCAAUAUAUGUGUUCAAUGUUCUGCAUGAUUACAUAUGGAAUGAGGCGUCCCCAAAUGUUUACUUGUUUCCAGAGUGAAUGUGACACACGUACGUACGCACACACACACACACACACACGCACACACGCAUCAAUAGACUCUACGAAGGAAACACACACUGACUCGAUGCUGUUUCAGAGAAGAACGUUCCGUACCGAGGAGAUGAAAGCAUCUCGUUUCUUGUCUAGACAUCACGAGAGAGCACUACUCCAUUAAGUUUCCUAAUUACUGGGGUGUGGGAAUUGGGGAAUGACUGCCAGAGUAUGUGCUUGAACAAUCUCUGGUCUUUUUACCAGUUACGCUUCGCUUCGUUACUUUUAUAGCCAUAAGCAGUGGCUGUCGAUUGAACUGCUUAAUUGCAGAGUGGUACGAGCUUUGAUGUUCCAUCACCUUAUUGUGUGGGUUACCGACUCCAUCCAGACAGCUCCCUCUCAUCCAUGCAUGAUCCAUCAAAGAUGAAAGACGCUAGCGCAGUACAGCUGAAGGACUUGCGUUUUCAAGGUAGGCAACAGUCGUACUUGAGUCCCCAUCUCACUUUCCUGAAAUGCACUGAUUCCCUUUACUCUUUAUCCUUACUCUUCUCCUCUAUUUGAGGGCUUUGAGAGAGAGAGAGAGAGAGAGAGAGCAUUGUUUAAUAAACUAGUUAGUUAUUCCAUUAGCCAAUGAAUGUGUAGUGUUCAAUUCAAAAACACAGGUUUUUUUUUUUUUUUAUUAUUGAUACAUGUCAAUGCAUUCUUAAAAUUAGAUUGGUUCCGUAACAUUUAUCAAACCUUUUCAUUCCACAAAAGGUUCUUUACAGUGAAAGAACGGUCCUUUAGAUUAUUAAAACGCUCUUCAUGCUAAGAGGCUGUUCACACAGAAUCUGUCCAUUUCGCCACAUAUAUAUAUACUUUUUUUUUUUUUUUAGCGUGAAAAAUUACUAGACGUCAUUAAAAAAAAAAAAAGUCAAAGUAAGGGCCUUUUUCAAAAACGAGGCCUUUCAUUUUAACCAUUGCACUUCAUGUGUGUCACUUUUUUUUUUUUUUUUUUUUUUUUUUUUUAGCUAGUGUGCAUUCUGUGUGAAAGACCUCUACAAUGGUUCUAUUGAGAACUGUUCACUGGCAGGUUCUUCAGGCAGCCCAAAAUGGUUCCUCUAUGGUGAUCUCUAUAACCCCCCGUUUGGAACCUUUAUUUUUAAGAGUGUAGAUUAAAGCGCGUCAUUACCAUUUGUUCUCAUCAAAAGCAGAAUCAUGCCAUUAAAGACUUAAGCUAUUCAAAUUAGGCUUAUGCGUUACGUUUAAUACUUUUUCUGAACAAGAUCUCUCUUGAAGGACAAGGGCUUUGCUUAGCAAGGGAUAAAAUGUUGGGAAAAAAUCAGUUUACAGUCACUUUACAGAUACAGAAAUGUAGUGUGUUUUGUAUAUAUGUAUUUUUUUUUUUUUUUUUUUUUUUAACAUCUCUAGGAUCACAGAAGUGCCAAUGGACCACAUGGACAACCUGCACCACUGUGUCUGAUUGAUUUAGUCCUGAGUAGUUGAUUAAAAAUGAGAAAACUGUGUCUUUGAUCAUGGGUUUGGGAAAAAUGCGGAGGCCUUAAUUGAUUCCAACUGAAAGUGAAUAUGUUUUGCAUUUAUUUUGAAUAAUUGAAUUGAAAAUGUCGACUGGUGAAUCUAAAAAGCCCAAUGUGUCCCGGUGUCAUGUAUGUGUUUACAGUCUCUUUAAGAUGCCAGAGAUUAUGUUCUCACCUAAUGUAAUGUAGAUUUAAGGGCUAUAAGGUGACAGUAGGGGGGAUACACUGUUACCGAAUAUGUGUCUAAUGAUGAGAAGUUGACUCAAAAUGUUCUUGUGAGAAAGAAGUGUACGCUUGGUUUGUUUUCCAUUGUCAAAGUGUGCAUUGAGCUAAUUUUGAUCCAUGCUAAAUUCAUGUAAAGUUGACCCAGCUGUGUCGAUCUUAAUGCUGCAUGAAUGGGGAAAAUCACCAUAAGCAGAUGAAUUACCAUUUCAUUAGUUGUCGGUGCGCUUUUGGAGUGAGUAGUUGAGUAUGUGUUUUAGAUUCAGACAACAAAGUGUGUGCUAGAAGAGAAGAUCUUGAUUCUUGAUCUGACGGUCACAGUGUCUGCGGUCAGUGUGUGUUUUAAUUGGCGGGGGGAGUAAAAAAAGUCCAGAUUUUCUUGAGCCCUUCUUUCAUUUAGCUUUUGUGAGAAUCAUUAUCAUGCUGAAAUGUCAGUCCUGCUUGCUUCGAACUAUGCAACAGAUUCAUUGGAUUAAAAUAUGAUGAAUUAUUUAUUCUUCUCUUAGCUGUCAUAACAAUGCUCUCUCUCUCUUUUCCUUUCUCUGUUUCUCUCUCUCUGUACGCUUGCUUUCUUUCGUCGAAGUGAAUUCAGUCAUGCCCAUAUUUCAUUAUUUAUACUAACGCAAGUGUAUUAUCUAUGUAAUGUAUGUGUGUGAUGUGCACACAUUCAAGUUUUCUUUACUUUUUUGUAAUAUAUGAUCAUGUGGAAUGCCUUGUUCUUUAUGUCCUGUCGUUUAAAUCUAACAGAACAAAAUGAAAAAAAAAAAGGAUAAUCAAGCAAUUGAAGUCAAAGUUAUAUAAACUAUAUAUACAUAUAUACAAAUCUCUAUAUAUAAAUAAAGCCAUUAGAAUUUGAAAUACAA